GAAUAAGCAAGUAAGCAAGCAUCAGCGAUUGAAAAUUGAAAUGGAGUGGAAAGCGAGCUACCGUUUACUCAAUUACUGCAAACACUUAUUCCAUCGCCGAUGGACUCCUAAUUUUCACUAUUUUAAAACAUUUUACACCUCAGCAUAGGAACUUCUCAAUUUCGGAUAAAUGAGGAGGAUUAUGGUAACUCCGCAUAAACAAGGUUGUAGGUAUUAUUUUAACCAACCUUCUGUGUUAAUAAAACCUUAUAUUGGUAAUUUCCAACAAGCAUUUCAAACAUUUAAGCAUCCAUCUGUAUCUCUGGGUAUGCAUCAGCGGAAUAGAUGCAGAAGCCAGUAUAGAUGUUUUGCUUCUCAGGCCACCAUUAUUCAAAGAAGAUCAGAUUUUUCAACAAUUAGCUCAGAAGACUUGAGCUAUUUCAAGAAUAUUUUAGGGGAAAGAGGGGUGGUUCAAGAUGAAGAGACUCUCGAUGCUGUGAACACGGAUUGGAUGAGGAAAUACAAGGGCACCAGUAAACUUAUGCUCCAACCUCGGACAGCAGAGGAGGUAUCUCAGAUCCUUAAAUAUUGCAAUUCCAGGAGCCUGGCUGUUGUUCCUCAGGGGGGAAAUACAGGUCUUGUGGGAGGAAGUGUUCCAGCUUUUGAUGAGGUGAUUGUCAGUCUCAGUCAUAUGAGCAAAAUCAUUUCUUUUGACAAGGUUAGCAGCGUACUGGUUUGUGAAGCAGGAUGCAUUUUGGAAAACCUCAUCACUUUUCUUGAUAACCAAGGGUUUAUUAUGCCACUAGAUUUAGGUGCUAAAGGAAGCUGCCAAAUUGGUGGAAACGUCUCAACUAAUGCUGGUGGGUUGCGACUUCUCCGCUAUGGUUCAUUGCAUGGUAGUGUCCUUGGUCUUGAAGUGGUUUUAGCAAAUGGAACGGUGCUUGAUAUGCUCAGCACAUUACGAAAAGAUAACACUGGAUAUGACUUGAAACAUUUAUUUAUAGGUAGUGAAGGGUCCUUGGGGAUUGUAACGAAGGUUUCCAUUCUAACUCCUCCAAAGUUGUCCUCUGUUAAUGUAUGCUUUCUUGCUUGUAAAGAUUAUGAAAGCUGCCUGAAACUUUUGUUAGAGGCAAGGAGGAAAGUUGGAGAAAUUCUUUCUGCAUUUGAAUUCCUUGAUCACGACGCAAUGGAUCUGGUCCUGAAACAUCUAGAAGGUGUCCGUAAUCCAUUUCCGUCCUCAAUGCAUAACUUUUAUGUACUGAUUGAGACAAUGGGAAGUAAUGAAUCUUAUGAUAGAGAGAAACUCGAUGCCUUCUUGCUUCACUCAAUGGAAAAUGACUUGAUGAGUGAUGGAGUUGUUGCACAGGAUAUAACUCAGGCAUCUUCUUGCUGGCAUAUUCGUGAGGGUAUUCCUGAAGCUUUGAUGAAGGCAGGGGGUGUAUAUAAAUAUGAUUUGUCAAUACCAGUUGAAAAGAUGUAUGAUCUUGUUGAGGAAAUGAGAGUCCGACUUGAUGCUUCAGCAAAAGUAGUUGCGUAUGGUCACCUUGGAGAUGGAAACUUACAUCUUAAUAUCUCAACUCCUCAGUAUGAUGAUAAUAUUUUAGCACAGAUUGAGCCUUUCGUUUAUGAAUGGACUUCUAAGCACAAAGGGAGUAUUAGUGCUGAACAUGGCCUCGGACUGAUGAAAGCCAAUAAAAUCCAUUACACCAAGUCAUCUGAAACUGUGCAACUAAUGGCUACCAUUAAAAAGCAACUGGACCCUAAUGGGAUUCUGAACCCAUAUAAAGUUCUCCCGUCUUCCCUUCUCACAAAAAACUGAGGUUAAUUAGUUUGAUUGUUUCUUAGUGCACCCCAUUCUGGCUGGGGGUGAGUUGGAAGGAGUUCACAGCAUAAAGGAAGAGCGACAGAUAAAGAAAGGUUUUACAGGAAGUAAAAUAGCUUGGCUUCAGCCAUCUUUGUGUUCGUAUAGCAGUAGUAAGAUAUGACUCUUUCGUGAUAAAAGCACGAUGUCCAGGCUUAUGAUGUAAUCUUUGAAGGGGGUCGUGACUCAUAAAACUUAUGGAAUAAAGCCAUAACUCGGCAAAUAAUUACAAAAUUCUCAUUGAAGGCAUAUGCAUGUAUGGGAUUGAGUAGGAAAACUAAGGUUUUGUUGGUAAAUGAGUGCCCUUGAAUAUUUCGGCCGUUCCUACGAGAACAUGAUUAUUAUUCUAGAUGCUUGCCUUUUGAUGUGAAUAUAAGAAAUGCAGUUCCAUAUGGCAAUGCAAAAACAGUACAUUGAUGGAGAA